UACGCAAACUCAACAUAAUUAAAAAUCAAAACAAACUGCGGUUGAAACUUGACGCUGGGAGAAGACGAUUACCUGUCUCCCUCCAUAAACAAACUACCAGUUUCUCUCUCUUUUUACUUUUUUUUUUUGGUUUCAAUUCAUCAUAUCGAUUUAGAUCUUACACACACCAAACUCAAAACCCUAAUUUAAUUCUCUUUAUUCAUAAUUACAAUUUCUCAAACUCUGUUAUUUAUUUCUAUACCUGACACAACAAAAUCAAAAUUCCGUACUCUUCAAAGGCGAGGAGAAGAAGGAUUUAAUAAUGGAAGUUCCUACUAGCUCCUGGGACGCUUUACGCAAACAGGCAAGAAAACUUGAAGCUCAGUUGGAUGAGCAAAUGAGUUUGUAUCGUAAACUGGUAUCUGCAAAGGGCUCUACUAAAGUUGAUGCUACUGAGAAUGAUCUUGAAUCAGGGAUAGAUCGAUUUUUAAAGCAGCUUCAACAAGUAAAUUCACAGAUGCAAGCUUGGGUGUCAUCUGGCGGUUCAGAAAUGGUUUCUCAUACCUUGACUCGACAUCAAGAAAUUUUUCAAGAUCUCAGUCAGGAGUUUCAUCGUCUUCGUUCUAGCCUAAGAGCCAAGCAAGAACAUGCUUCACUUCUUGAGGAUUUUAGGGAGUUUGAUCGGACAAGGUUAGACUUGGAAGAUGGUGGUGGUUCCGCAGAGCAAGCUCUUCUCAAAGAGCAUGCAUCCAUCAACAGAAAUACAGGACAGAUGGAUACUGUGAUUUCACAAGCUCAAGCUACUCUUGGUGCACUUGUUCUACAACGUUCAACUUUCGGAGGAAUCAAUUUAAAGCUCGGCAAUGUUAGCAGCCGCCUGCCUUCGGUAAAUCAAAUACUCGGUGCCAUAAAGAGGAAAAAGUCGAUGGAUACCAUAAUACUUUCCCUGGUUGCUUCAGUAUGCACGUUUCUUAUCUUUAUUUAUUGGUUGACCAAGUAAGGAUGUCAUGUUAUGGGUUCCGGGAAGGUGCUUGUGGCGACACAACCCUGUCCGCUGAUUUUGAUGUAUGCUUAAAAAGAACUGCGGCUUUGUUGUGUCUAUGGUGCACUUGUUGGUAGAUAAUACACUGUAUUUUUCAUAUACAUAAAAGUAGAGGUCAACUCAAAAUUGUAGUCGAGAUGAUCAAUAGGAGAGUGAAACUGAGAUAUUGUGGGAUUACACUUGCAUUCUGUACAUGGCCUUGGAUUAACUAGGGCUGUCAAAUAAGCUUGUGAUUAUAUAGUCUUUGAUUUUUAUGAA